AUGGAUGUUGAUCACGUGAUCCCACUCCUGCUGCGACAUCUUGGCAAACGAGCGGUCUCUGAGAAUACCUGCGUUAUUGACGAGGAUGUCCACGGUUCCAAAAGAGUCGAUAGCCGUCUUCACAAUCUUGUCCGUCCGGCACCAGCUCCCGUCACUAUGACCACCUUGUCUUUAAGCGACGUGAUCUUGGUGCUACCUUGGUCGUUGGCCGGCAGCUUGGACGAUUGCUCAAUGAUGCGAUUAGCACCUUCGCUCCGUUCCCAGCGGAUCUGCGCAAACAGGCCAGCCGCAACCUCGAAGAUCGAGCCCGAGCAGUCGCAGUCCACAGAACUCAGAUACAAAACUAGCGGCGCAACUUUUUCCGGUAGCAGUCUUUGCAACACGUCAGGAGGCAUCACCGUUUCUGUCAUUCUCGACUUGGCAAGCGGAGCAAUCGCGUUCACCUUGAUGUUGUACUUUGCGCCUUCUCUGGCAAGUGUCUCAGCAAGACCAACCAAACCCAGCUUGGCUGCCGACCUAAACGCUCCGUUGAGAUGCACGUCUAAAACCGCUUGGAAAUCCUUCUCUGACAUGUUCUUGAACGACGAGUCUUUCAAGAUUCCAGCAUUGUUGAUCAACACAUGCACGCUUCCAAACGUGUCCACAGCCGUCUUCACAAUUCCUUCCGGGUUGGUGACCACGUUAUCGUAA